AUGGCCGUUCGAUCUCCUUGGGAGUCUGUACGGGUUCCAUUACCAAAGUUCAUAGCAAGAAGCCUUAGGCAUAUAACAAUACCCGAAUCGAAAUUGAAUGAACUUUUGUCUCCGUUCUUUUCUUUCUUUCUUUCUAUCUAUCUAUCUAUCUAUCUAUCUAUCUAUCUAUCUAUCUAUCUAUCUAUCUCAGUCUGUUCAUAUCUAUCUAUUUAUCUAUCUCAGUCUGUUCAUAACUAUCUAUCUAUUUACCUAUCUCAGUCUGUUCAUAUCUAUCUAUCUAUCUAUCUAUCUAUCUAUCUAUCUAUCUGUCUGUCUAUCUAUCUAUCUAUCUCAGUCUGUUCAUAUCUAUCUAUUUACGUAUCUCAGUCUGUUCAUAUCUAUCUAUCUAUUUAUCUAUCUCAGUCUGUUCAUAUCUAUCUAUCUAUCUAUCUAUCUAUCUAUCUAUCUAAGUUUGUUUAUAUCUAUCUAUCUAUCUAUCUAUCUCAGUGUGUUCAUAUCUAUCUAUUUAUCUAUCUAUCCAUCUAUCUAUCUCAGUUUUUUUUUCUUUCUUUCUAUCUGUCUAUCUAUCUAUCUAUCUAUCUCAGUCUAUUCAUAUCUAUCUUUCUUCAUAUCUGUCUAUCUUUGUUCAUGCCUAAGUUAGUUUCUUUCUUUCUAUCUAUCUCAGUCUGA